CACACUUACAAACACGUUAGUAUUAUUGUGGCCGUGGGUAACUGUCAUGGAGCACAUAAAGGAUGGAUGGUUUACGGAGUCAUGCACGCUAUGGCCAGGACAGGCAAUGAGCCUUCAAGUGGAGGAGGUCCUCUACCACAAGAAAUCCAAUUUUCAAGAUGUUAUGGUUUUCAAGAGUAAAACCUAUGGCAAUGUCCUGGUUCUGGAUGGAGUGAUCCAGUGCACAGAGAGAGAUGAGUUUGCCUAUCAAGAGAUGAUCGCCAAUCUGCCCCUGUGCAGUCAUCCAUGUCCCAAGAAGGUGCUGAUUAUUGGAGGUGGGGAUGGUGGAGUGCUAAGGGAAGUGGUGAAGAAUCCGCUGGUGGAGUCAGUGAUUCUGUGUGAGAUCGAUGAGGAUGUCAUUAAUGUAUCAAAGAAGUUCCUCCCGGGGAUGGCCAAAGGGUUUUACAGUCCCAAGCUCAUCCUCCAUGUCGGAGACGGCUUUGAAUUCAUGAAGAAGAACCAGGAUGCCUUCGACAUCAUUAUAACUGAUUCCUCAGACCCUGUUGGACCUGCUGAGAGUUUGUUCAAGGAGUCUUACUAUCAGCUGAUGAAGGCAGCGUUGAGAAGCGGUGGCAUUCUUUGUUCCCAGGGAGAGUGUCAAUGGCUCCAUUUGGAGCUGAUAAAAGAGAUGCGAACCUUCUGCAAGACCCUAUUCCCUGUGGUGGACUAUGCCUACAGCACCAUCCCAACUUAUCCCAGUGGCCAAAUUGGAUUCAUGCUCUGCAGUACAAAUCCUGAAACAAAUUUCAAGGAACCCAUGAGAGCACUGUCAAAAGAAGAAAUGGAAAAUAUGAACCUUAAAUAUUACAACCCUGAAAUUCACAGAGCAUCAUUCGUCCUGCCUGAGUUUGCAAAAAAGGUUCUCAGUGAAGCAUAACCAGCAACAACAGACCUCCAUGUUCAUCCUGUACUUAGCCCUCAGACCACAGACAAACAACCUUGUUCUACGGCUUCUUCACCUCCUCAACAAAGUUCAGCACCACUGAAGCCUCCUCAAGAUUUUAUGGGUUGGGGGGGGGGCAUUUAAUCAUCAGCGGGUGGAAACUUGCUGCGUUAUAUAGCGAAUGUGUUAGUUUGUUCAAAUGUUUCCUUCCUUCCAGUCUUACAUGCUCUCGGUGUUUAUUUAUUUUACUCAAGUAUUUGGUUUUACUCGAUGAUCGUCUUAUCCGCAUUUUGGAAAGAGGAAUUGAACGGGCCGGGCUGAGUGGGAAGAACAUUGCCGUCAAACCUGACCUCACUCUAAUACUGUGUACUGUCUAUCAGAUCCACUGCAUCUACACAUUAUUUAAUACAUACCAUAUAUAUGUACAUGUAAUGAUUUGCUGUACUUUUAUUUGUAAUGUUAAUAUCAGUUUGUGCUCAUAGGAGAAUGCGCAGUUGCCAUCUGUCAUAACUGUGUAUUCAGAAUAUUAAUGUGUCCUCUACACAUGAACCCUAUAGUGCCUGAAAUUGGUUUGUUUUGUUGUUGGAAAAAAAGACUUGUUCUGUACUUAUCAAAGUGUACCAGGCACAUAAGGUGGCCUCGAAGAAAGCUCAAGUGUCAGUAGUUGAGAGAAAAUUGUCCUUUUUAAAAUAUCGCCAAUUUAAGAUUCAAUAAAUUUGCUCACCUUGAAUUUGAUAUGGAAGUCUUUAAUAUCGGUGUUAAAAUGCAAAUAACGCAAGAAUAAAAAUCAAGUAUGGCAUUGAAGCUUUGCAAUUCAAGAAAUGUCUUUAAGGUGUGAAUGACUUAUGCAAUUAUUAACUUGCAGUAUUGAUUAAUGACUACCAGUGGUAGGCUUGCAUUGUAUUAAGUCUGUAUGCAUUAAAUGGUCAAAUAUCUUCAGUCACUACCUAUUCGUUGUAAAUCCACAUUGAAUCUGUUGACAAAUGGUGUCCUACCUGAGCAGUGAAAUUGUGAUUUUUAUAAGAACUGUAAUAAAUUGGUAACAUAAAA